CUCCUUUCGGACAUCGACAAGUGGGGCAUCGACAUAUUCAGGAUAGGCGAGCUGAGCAGCAACCGGCCGUUGACCUGCGUGGCUUACACGGUUUUCCAGACCCGGGACCUCCUCAAGUCCUUGGCGAUACCGCCGAAGACCUUCGUCACGUUCAUGAUGACCCUCGAGGAUCACUACGUGAAGGACAAUCCCUUCCACAACAGCCUGCACGCGGCGGACGUGACGCAGUCUACCCACACUCUGCUCAACACGCCCGCACUCGAGUCCGUGUUCACGCCAUUGGAAAUCACGGCCGCCCUGUUCGCGGCUACCAUUCACGAUGUGGACCACCCCGGGCUCACCAAUCAGUUCCUCAUUAACUCAAGUUCGGAGCUCGCCCUGAUGUACAAUGACGAGUCAGUGCUGGAGAACCACCACCUGGCAGUGGCGUUCAAGCUCCUCCAGAACGAGGGCUGCGACAUCUUCGUGAACAUGACCAAAAAACAGCGUCAGACCCUACGUAAAAUGGUGAUAGACAUGGUCCUGUCCACGGACAUGUCCAAGCACAUGUCUCUGCUGGCGGACUUGAAGACCAUGGUAGAAACAAAGAAAGUAGCCGGCUCCGGCGUUCUUCUAUUGGACAACUACACGGACAGGAUCCAAGUUUUAGAGAAUCUGGUCCACUGCGCCGACCUUUCAAACCCUACGAAACCCUUGCCGUUGUAUAGAAGAUGGGUGGCCCUGUUGAUGGAGGAGUUCUUCCUCCAGGGCGACAGGGAACGCGAACAGAACAUGGACAUCAGCCCCAUGUGCGACAGACACAGCGCGACCAUCGAGAAGUCGCAGGUCGGCUUUAUUGAUUACAUUGUUCAUCCCUUGUGGGAGACUUGGGCAGAUCUGGUUCAUCCAGACGCACAGGAGAUUCUGGACACACUCGAGGAGAACAGGGACUGGUACCAGUCUAUGAUACCGCCCUCGCCGCCGUCCGAUGACCAGCAACAGGGAAACGAGCAGUCUGAGAGGAUACACUUCCAGGUGACACUGGAAGAGGGAGACGAGACCGGAGAAGGUGCGGAGACCGGUGACAGCGGCGGCGCAGCGGAGACAUUACCAAGCGAGGAGGGUGGCGGUGUGUCGGAGGAUAACGCGGCCGAGGCUGGGAUGUGACGGAGGCUCGCCGGUAUCUGCAGGAAGCUCCACGAGAAGGUGCAGCAGAGCUGGUGGCGGGUGCGUCAGUGACGCCGGGUCUCUUUCUGUCGACCUGUUCACCCGCUUUUCGGGCCGAGCGCCCCGUCCGCCCGACGUCUGAGCUCGCCGCCGGACGGGGGAUGAGGACCAGGAGCCUCGUCGCGAGGAGAGUUUCAAGAGGCAGGGAACGUCUAGUCGAUGCCAGAUUUAGUUCCGGACCGAGAGGGUCCUCUGAUCCAAAUCGGAUGAUGAUAGAAGGAAGCAGUUUUUUUUGGAUGAUGGAUGAUUGAAACGGAUUCGGAUUUUGCCGCGCUGGUACGGGCAAGAUUUCAAUACGUCGCGUUCCUCGGCUGGCUCGAGGCCGCGGCGGUAUACGGCGUCCAUCCUCGAUGGAGGAAUUUGGCGAUCGUCGCUGUUACCAUUGUCCAUUACGCGCGAAACCUAUCGUCGUCGUCGUCGUUCGAUCGGAUUUAUUCUGCGGUUCGGAGGGCACGAAUCUCCUUCACCAAGUACCUGUAUAUGUACCCAAGGAAGCACCGCCUCCUUCCCCUUUAUUGUAUUAUUAUUAUUAUUGUCCGACGAGUGGUGGACUGAACAAGAAACACGGAAACGAUGCGAGCCUAUCUCUUGACAUAUCAAUAUUAAACCGGUUCUGACGAGGAUCUUUAGGCCAGCCCACUGACCCCACGUUCAAACGGAAAUCGGAUGAGGGAAGUAAAGGAUUUUCAAGAAGAACCGAUGAAACCGAUGAAAGUAAAAACAUUAAAACGAGGAGAAUCGUGACAUUGCUUUUUGAUUUUCCAAGUGUUUCGAUGAAAGGCGAAUCACAGUUAAAUAAUAGGAAUUAUUUAAACGGAUAACAGAAUUCUUGAUGAGAAUUAUAAAGACUGGGGAGGAUCGAGUCAGGAAUGACAAAUGCAGAUAUGGAUCAGGGGUAAGAGAGGACGGAAGACCACUAGAUAGUCUAGUAGCUUUCGACGGUUUCACAUCCUGGGUUCUCCGACUGUUCACAUUAGGACUAAGCCUACCCUAAUCGUUAAGACUCAUUGCUCGCUGAGUAGAACUCGUAGAGCGUCCCGGCAGAGGCGGCGCAUGGUUUAAUACGUGGGCGUCGCCGAUGCGGACGAGAUUGUUAAUUUUAAUAUAGAACGCUGAAGGCUGGCCUUUUAUUUAUGGUUUUUAUAUUAAAAUUAACGUAGCCGCGUGAUCAUGUACACAUUUAUUGUAACACAUACACACACAACGUUAACCACGACGCACACACGCAUUAAAAAAUUAUCGCGUAAGUGAAACAAUAAGUUUUUAACCAAAGAGUAUGUAACGUUAGUAUCGAGCUCGUCGUUCGAAACCGGAAAUUCGAGGAACCUCGUGUCUCUGUACGUCGUAGGAGGAGGAAGAGGAGGGGGAAAUGAAUGAAAUGUGAAACGUUUCCGGCUUCGCUAAUUAUCGUAGAUUUAUUUUUAGGUGCCAGCGAGGCGAGAAUCAAUUAGUUAGAACACACCCCUGCAUCUCGAUACGUGUUUAAUUAUCGAGUACGACAAUUUAAAAGUAAAAACACUUCAUUAAUCGAGUCGACAAAAAAUGCAAAGUACUCUCUCUCUCUCUCUCUCUCUCUCUCGCUUGGAUGUCUGUGAAUCGCUCAAACUAAAUCCACGCUCGAUCCUUGUGAUCCAGCGUCGGUCCAUCUCGAUCUCUUCCUCGAGGCUUGGCGACUUUUCGAGAAAAUAUUUUAUAGGAAAAAAAAAAGGAAACAGUUCACGUUUGUUUGAAGUUCUCUUUUUUCUUUUACAUGACGAAAUUCAAUGAAAGACGAAGCGAAACGGCUGAACGCUCGAGGAAGAGGGCGAGGACAAAUCUGUGUCCGUAGGCAGUGAAUCUAUUUGAGUGUUUAAAACUUUGGUGGCUGGCCACCAAGCUUAGUUCGUUAAGAAGUAAAAUUAACAAGUAAGAGCGUAUAGAUAUUAAGAUGAGGAAUUAAACUAAAUAAUGAAAAAACAAACGAGACACAAACACACGUACACACGUACACGACGAAGAAGUGAAUCUUCUUUAGGGCGUAAGCGAUCGCAAUUAAUGAUAAUUAAACGUUGAACCGAGGGAAACGGAUGAAAGGAUUGACUGAUCGGAGACGCUGUUCCAAUAGAAUCCUUCGAUUGAUCAGCCGCGAGGAACGACCGAUCGAACGACGAACAAGUAUUAUUUCCUCGCCCCUCCCCCCCCCUCGUUUUUGUGACUUUAAAGUAUUUCCUUUGGGAGCCAGAGAGUUUGCCUCACGAAAUGCUUGUUAACAUUUUCAUGUUUUAUAGUAUGAGUGAAUAUCAUUUGCCGGAGAUACCUGUGUGCGUGUGCUUUAUUUUUUAUCAUUAUUAUUAUUAUUAUUACUAUUAUUGUUAUUAUUAUUAUUAUUAUUAUUACUACUACUGCUACCGUUAUUAUCGUAAUUGUAUUUUGAUGAUAGACAAUGGUGAUGACGAUGACGAUGGUGUUUGUAUCGGGCGACGAUUUUAGAUACGGUCACGACGAUAUCAGACGCUGAGAUAACGACGAGAUAAGAAAAUAACUGAAAACAAAAAAUGGCAAAAAAAAAAGUAAUAACGAAAUUUGAAAAUGAAGAAAUCUGAAUACAACGUGUUUGAUUGCUGGACAGUUAAAUGAACAAUGUAUUACUAUCGUGUAACCCUCGUACGAGAUAUAUGUGUAAUAAAAACAUAUUUAUUGUCGGAA